AUGUACAUCGCCACAUGUACACGACCGGACAUUGCGCAUGCGGUUGGCGAAGUUGCGAAGUUUUGCGAGCGCUACGACAAGUCGCAUUGGACAGUAGCAAAGCGGAUUCUCAAAUAUCUCAAGACGACUCGAGACUUUAGCAUCGUGUUCAGCGGCAUCAACAAUGGAGAGCUGAUCGGAUUCGCGGAUGCAAACUGGGCUGGCGACCUCGACACGCGGCGUUCGACAACAGGAUACGUUUUCUUCCUGAACGGAAGCGUUGUAUGGUGGAAUUUGAAGCAUCAACCAACGGUCGCGACCUCAAGUACUGAAGCACAGUACAUGAGUCUGUACAGCGCGACACAGGAAGCAAUUUGGCUUCGAGGUCUGCUCAAGGACCUGAACUACUGUGCCAAGAACGCGACGACGAUUUUUCUUAAGACAAUCAAGGUUGCAAGUGCAGUGAUCGCGCUAGAGUUCAAGCCGACAGAACAGAUGGUUGCGGAUGGAUUCACCAAGGCACUUCCAAGAGACAAGCACAGCAAGUUCAUCACGGGUAUGUGCAUGGCGGUGUAG